UGGCCUGCUGGGCCAGUCAUUUUUCCUGUUUUGUGUUGCCACUUGUACAGAGAAUGUGUCUCAUCAUUUUUUAUUGGGAGGGUCCAACCUGCAUGGAACUCGACUAAGCCUGCUGGUUCUAGUUUGGCUCAGAUACAUUUUAGGCAGAGACUGUGGUGGCCUUCCUUCCCUGGGGUGGCCAUGUGAACCCCCCCUUUCCCUGAGGCAAACUGCUGGACAGGUUGGAUGCAAACCAUUUACUAUGGGAUUUGGAGUCUAAGAUGGCUGUGGAAAAGUCCUGCUUAGGUUUGGGUGAGGAAAGCCCUGUGUUUAUGUCUCCGUCAGUGGUAUUACAGCGAAUGCCUUGUGAUCCGAUGUCCCGGGCAGUGUUUAUCUCACAAAACCCACAGGGAUUCUGUGUCGUUCCAUCCUCUGAAAUAAAGUUAGGAAAUAAUUUCUCUUUUCCUAAUGGUGAAUUUGGCCUUAUCUUCAAAGACGGCCUUUGAUGUUCGGGACAGGAUUAUUGGGCAGCAAGAGGAAAUCAUAGGAGAAAGAUCAGAGCCGGUAACACACAGUCAACUUAACGUGGUUGCCAGAGAAAACGCUGAAGAAAGUCUCAGCUAGUCCUCCUGGGCAGUAGCAGGAAAAUAUACAAUAUGGCCAAGGUAAGUAGGAUUGAAUAAAAAAUUACGCAGAAAGAGCUGAGCAGCAGAAAGCAUGGCAAAGGAAUGUUCGUUCUCCUCUGAGAUGAGUUUGGACAGCGCUGGGUGAUGAGGCUGAUGGUGUGUGUAGACUGGAGCCCUCAUCCUCUCCAGAGCUCCUGCCAUUCAGAUGCCAUUACUGAAGGGAAGGGAAAUGCAGAGCAGUGCAACCCAAAUGCCAGAGUUAAAGCAUGUGGACUGGGUCAAUCAAGAAAGGCUUCCUGAUGGAGGAGAGUCAACCUCUCAGGCAAAGUCUUACAGACAGGCAGAGAUGGGACCGGUGGUACAGAAAUGUUGUUUUACGUCUGCCCGAACUAUUGUUUAUUAUUUUUUCCCUGAAAACUUACCUUCCCUCAGCAGAUGGUAGGCUGAAGUAUUCUUGAGAUAAGAGAUUUUUAGAUUCUUUUAAUUUUAGGAAAGUUAAAAAGUAGAAUCUCUGCGUCAAAUACAGAAUCUCAGAAAUGGGAGUACUAGACAAGUUUCUAAAGCUCGUUACUGAUUAGCCGUCAGGGUGAAAAGAAGCACGUGUCAUUUUUUUCCCUUAUCCAUGUCAGAUUUUAGCUGAGAAUUCUAGAAACACAUGCCUGAAUUUGGCUUUUUACCUUUCAAUUCCAUUUGCCCUUCACUCUACUGUCUGGGGUAGAUUUCCUUGGGUAGGAAAUCAUUCCCAGAGAAGCAGGUGAGGGGACAUUUAUUUUAGGGACAAAUAAAAGUCAUUGGGCUCUGCAGUUGCCCAGGAACCUCCUUGGCUGCUGAGAGGUAAAUAUCACACAGGACAGGAGUUACAGGUAAGAGGAAGAGAGUGUGCGGAACCGGCUCGCCUCGGAGGGCCCCCUAGGCUGGGCUGGAAUUGGGUUCUGGAGGAGAGCCCUCCCCCACCUUCCCUGGCUCUGACAAUAUUUUUCCAGAUUAGUCCCAGCCAAGUGCCUUUACUAGUCUGAACUUACCUAACAUUACAAUCCCGGCAGGUUUAUUAGGUAUGGGUAACACUUAAUUGGAGAGGAAAAUUGGGGGGUUCUGGCUUUAUUACUUUUCUGUGAAAGCAGAGGCUGCUCCUAAUUAUUUCACAAGUCUUCUCCCCCACUCGACUCUCUUUCUGCUCUCUAAUGGCUAUCCUCCCACAGAGGUGUUACUGUAGGCCGUCCUUUUUAUGUACCUGUGCCCACGUGAAGGGGUUUCAUAACGCAAUCACUCAGCACAGUGCCCUCUUUUGCAAGGGAACCCACAUAAAGUGAUGGAAAUUCACAGCUGUUUACCUCUGUCAUUAUGAAUGGGUGUUUUGUAGUGAACACGUUACAUAAAAAUCUGCUGUGUUACAGCCGCGUGUUAGAUUCUAAUGGCUCUUCCAGUGUGCAAGCCUUCGAAGCAGUCACCUGCAGCCCUCCCUCGACACCGCUGGUGGUCUGCCAUCGUGAAGGCUGCGUCAGCUCCAGGUGAAAGCCCCACAGUCAGUGUUGCAGAGGAUUGCAGAAUCUUUUUGAGUGACUCUGGUGGCUUAUGGGACGUUGGCUUCGGACCCUUGUCAUACACCUUGCUGCGUGGGAUGAUGACGACUCAGAGAGGAAGGAGGCCCGAGGUCACACUCGCCUGCCUCCUCCUGGCCACAGCAGGCUGCCUUGCGGACCUGAACGAGGUCCCUCAGGUCACUGUGCAGCCCCCCUCCACUGUCCAGAAGCUUGGGGGCACAGUGAUCCUGGGCUGCGUGGUGGAACCCCCGGGGGUGAGCACCACCUGGCGCCUGAACGGGAAGGAGCUGAACGGCUCGGAUGAUGCCCUGGGCAUGCUGAUCACCCGCGGGACGCUCGUCAUCACCGCCCUCAACAACCGCACGGUGGGACGGUACCAGUGUGUGGCCCGGAUGCCUGUGGGGGCCGUGGCCAGCGUGCCAGCCACUGUGACACUAGCCAAUCUCCAGGACUUCAAGUUAGACGUGCAACAUGUGAUUGAAGUAGAUGAGGGGAACACAGCAGUCAUUGCCUGCCACCUUCCUGAGAGCCACCCAAAAGCCCAGGUCCGGUACAGUGUCAAACAAGAGUGGCUGGAGGCAUCCAGAGGUAACUACCUGAUCAUGCCAUCGGGGAACCUGCAGAUAGUGAACGCCAGCCAGGAGGACGAGGGGAUGUACAAGUGCGCCGCCUACAACCCGGUGACGCAGGAAGUGAAGACCUCGGGCUCCAGUGACAGGCUGCGUGUGCGCCGCUCCACUGCCGAGGCUGCCCGCAUCAUCUAUCCCCCGGAGGCCCAGACCAUCAUCGUCACGAAAGGACACAGUCUCAUCCUUGAGUGUGUGGCCAGUGGGAUCCCACCCCCGCGGGUCACCUGGGCCAAGGAUGGGUCCAGUGUUUCGGGCUAUAACAAGACGCGCUUCCUACUGAGCAACCUCCUUAUCGACACCACCAGCGAGGAGGACUCGGGAACCUACCGCUGCAUGGCCGACAAUGGGGUCGGAGAGCCAGGGGCAGCAGUCAUCCUCUACAACGUCCAGGUGUUUGAGCCCCCUGAGGUCACUGUGGAGCUGUCCCAGCUGGUCAUCCCAUGGGGCCAGAGUGCCAAACUCACCUGUGAGGUGCGUGGGAACCCCCCGCCCUCGGUGCUGUGGUUGAGGAACGCCGUGCCCCUCACCUCCAGCCAGCGCCUCCGACUAUCCCGCAGGGCCCUGCGGGUGGUCAGCGUGGGGCCUGAGGAUGAAGGCGUCUACCAGUGCAUGGCCGAGAACGAAGUCGGGAGUGCCCACGCUGUGGUCCAGCUGAGGACCGCCAGGCCAGGCACAACCCUGAGGCCAUGGCGGGAUGCUAAGCUGGACACUGCCACACCUCCCGUGCCACCCUCCAGACCCAGAAGCCCUGACCAGAUGCUGAGAGGGCACCCAGCGCUCCCGAGGCCUCCAGCGUCAGUGCAGCCAGCGUCCUCACAGUGCCCUGGAGAGAAGGGGCAGGUGGCUCCAGCCGAGGCGCCCGUCAUCCUCAGCUCACCCCGGACUUCUAAGACUGACUCUUACGAGCUCGUGUGGCGGCCUCGGCAUGAGGGUGGCAGCCGGGCACCAAUCCUCUACUAUGAGGUGAAACACCGAAAGCAGGUCACAAACUCCUCUGAUGAUUGGACCAUCUCUGGCAUUCCUGCCAACCAGCACCGCCUGACCCUCACCAGGCUAGACCCCGGGAGCUUGUAUGAAGUGGAGAUGGCAGCUUUCAACUGUGCAGGCGAAGGCCAGACAGCCAUGGUCACCUUCCGGACUGGACGGAGGCCCAAACCUGAAAUCAUGGCCAACAAGGAGCAACAGAUCCAGAGAGAUGACCCUGGAGCCAGCCCCCAGAGCAGCAGCCAGCCAGACCACAGCCGCCUCUCCCCCCCAGAAGCUCCAGACAGGCCCACUAUCUCCAUGGCCUCUGAGACAUCCGUGUUUGUGACCUGGAUUCCCCGUGGAAAUGGUGGCUUCCCAAUCCAGUCCUUUCGUGUGGAGUAUAAGAAGCUGAAGAAAGUGGGGGACUGGAUUCUGGCCACCAGUGCCAUCCCUCCCUCCCGGCUCUCAGUGGAGAUCACAGGCCUAGAGAAAGGCACCUCCUAUAAGUUCCGAGUCCGGGCUCUGAACAUGCUGGGGGAGAGCGAGCCCAGCGCCCCCUCCCAGCCAUACGUGGUGUCAGGCUACAGCGGCCGCAUCUACGAGAGGCCUGUGGCGGGCCCCUACAUCACCUUCACUGACGCCGUCAACGAGACCACCAUCAUGCUCAAGUGGAUGUAUAUUCCAGCAAGUAACAACAACACCCCAAUCCAUGGCUUCUAUAUCUAUUAUCGACCCACAGACAGUGACAAUGACAGUGACUACAAGAAGGAUAUGGUGGAAGGGGAUAGAUAUUGGCACUCGAUCAACCACCUGCAGCCAGAGACCUCCUAUGACAUUAAGAUGCAGUGCUUUAAUGAAGGAGGGGAGAGCGAGUUCAGCAACGUGAUGAUCUGUGAAACCAAAGCUCGCAAGUCUGGUCAGCCUGGUGGACUCCCACCCCCGACUCUGGCUUCACCUCAGCCACCACCCCCUGAAACCAUAGAGCGGCCAGUGGGCACGGGGGCCAUGGUGGCACGCUCCAGCGACCUGCCCUACCUGAUCGUCGGGGUCGUCCUGGGCUCUGUCGUCCUCCUCAUCGUCGCCUUCAUCCCCUUCUGCUUGUGGAGGGCCUGGUCUAAGCAGAAACAUACAACAGACCUGGGUUUUCCUCGAGGUGCCCUUCUGUCCUCCUGCCAGUACACUAUGGUACCACUGGGAGGACUUCCAGGCCACCGGGCCAAUGGGCAGCCCUACCUCAGCAGCACCGAUGGACGGGCCUGUGCCAGUGGGGUACACGUGAACAGGGGCUGCCCUGCGACAGCCAUGGGCUACCCAGGCGUGAAACCUCCGCAGCACUGCCCAGGGGAGCUCCAGCAGCAGGAUGACACCAAUGGCCUCCUGAGGCAGACUGUUCUUGGCAAUGGAUAUGAUGUCCACAGCCACCACAUUCCCAGGGGAACCAAGGCCAACCCAGACAAGGUUUCUUUCUUAUACACACUGCCUGAUGACUCAACUCACCAGCUGCUCCAGACCCACCAGGACUGCCACCACCUCCAGGAGCAGCCUGCUACAGUCAGCCAGUUGGGAAUGAGGAAUGGACCCCAGAGUCCUGGGCUGGAAGCGACGUGGGACCCUCUUUUUCAUGCAGGGCCCCCGUGCUGCUUGGGCCUUGCACCAGUUGAAGAAGUGGACAGCACUGACUCUUGCCAAAUGGGUGGAGAGUGGUGUCCCCAGCACCCCACGGGGACCUAUGGAGGACAGGAGCUUGGGAGGCAGCUCUCCCCCAGCCCACCAGUGCAUGUAUCUUUUGAAACACCACCCCCCAUAAUUUAGGCAGAAGCCAGUAUUCCAGAAAGACUCUAUAUUAUCAUUUUUAAAGAGACAGAGGAAAUUGGUAUUUAUUUUUCUAUAAUAGCCAUAUUUAUAUAUUUAUGCACUUGUAAAUAAAUGUACAUGUGUUUUUAUAAUUCUGGAAAGACAUGGGACUCUUACCCAUGGAGGUAUGAGAGGUAAAACAGAAGCCACAACAUAACAGGAGGAACUCGGAACCUGUGCCCAUGACAGGGAGGCUGCAGGAGCCCCCGGAGCAGCUGCUGAAGGGAAGACUCACUGUUCGCGAUGCCCACGCAGGCGAUGCCGAGGCCACAGUCGCACAGGCUGCAGACACCUGUGAUGCCGGACCUGGUGAUGCAGGCAGCGUGUCCAGAAGAUGCCCGUGAGAACAGACUCAGACGUGUACAGUACAUAAGCAUUAACAAACCUUCCAGAAUCAAUAAUCUGUGGCAACAUAGCUCUGUAAAAACAAACACUGUAACUUCUAAAUAAAUGUUUAGUCUUCCCUGUAA